UAAAAAACGAAAGCGGAGCAAACAAUUUUCGACGAAUCUAUUUUUUUUCCCUUUAUGGAUAGUGAUUAAAGUGUAGAACUCAAUUAAAGUAUCGAAAUCGAAGGAUUUAAUUUCAAAUUCGAUAUCUCUCCAUGGCCGCCCCUUUUUUUUCUACUCCUUUUCAACCCUACGUUUAUCAGAAUCCACAAGAUGCUGUGAUCCCAUUUCAAAUAUUGGGUGGUGAGGCUCAAAUAGUGCAGAUAAUGUUGAAGCCGCAAGAAAAGGUUAUUGCAAAACCUGGCUCCAUGUGCUUCAUGUCUGGGUCCAUUGAAAUGGAAAACACUUAUGUCCCUGAAAAUGAGGUAGGCAUGUGGCAGUGGCUUUUCGGUAAGAGUAUAACUAGUAUUGCACUUGGCAAUCCUGGUCCAACUGAUGGAUUUGUUGGAAUUGCUGCACCUUCUCUUGCAAGGAUUCUUCCGAUUGAUUUAGCAAUGUUUGGUGGAGAGCUUUUAUGUCAGCCAGAUGCAUUUCUUUGCUCCAUCAAUGAUGUGAAGGUCAAUAAUACAGUUGAUCAGCGGGCGCGGAAUGUUGUAACUGGUGUAGAGGGAUUUCUGAGGCAGAAGUUAUCUGGCCAGGGGCUUGCAUUUAUCAUUGCUGGUGGAUCUGUUGUGCAGAAAAAUCUUGAGGUGGGUGAGGUAUUGGCUGUUGAUGUAUCGUGCAUUGUGGCCCUUACUGCUUCUAUUGAUGUCCAAAUCAAAUAUAAUGGUCCAAUGAGAAGAGCAGUCUUUGGGGGUGACAAUUUGGUGACAGCUGUUCUAACAGGACCCGGUAUUGUGUUCAUCCAGAGUUUGCCAUUUCAUCGAUUUUCACAGCGAAUUGCAAGGGCGGUUACAUCUCCAAACAUGAGGGAAAAUCCAAAGUUUUUCAUUCAGAUAGCCAUUUUCUUUUUUCUAGCAUAUGUGGUGAUUGUAUCUUCAUUAAUAUUGACCGAUGUCUGAAUAUGUCUUUCCGUCUUUAAUUUUUAUUUACCAAUGUAUGAUUCUUUUCAUUUUCUUUUUUUUUUUUUUUUGUUGUUUUCUUUUAUCAAGUAGAUCAAAAGUGUUUGCAUACUAUUGUUUUGUCGAAAACUUCACAGCAAGUUAUUCAAAGAAAAGAAAUGUAACUCUUUCUGUUUUGAGUGGGAAUGCUCGAGGCUGUGAGUUUUGGAUGUCUCAAACCUUACAUUAAAAUGAAAAUUUAAAACCAUUUAAUUUUUCAAAUUGAUAUUUUAUGUAAA